CUAAAUACGAUUCAAAGAAUAUGAUCCUAAAACAUCCAUUAAUACAUAAUAUAGACUAUAAUAUUUUUAAAUUAUCAUGCUCUAACUCUUGAUACAUUUACUAAGUAAUAAUUAACUAACAUAAUCUUGUUGACAAGGGGGAAAGUGAAAGAGUGGAAGGAGAAUUGAGGGAAAUGAAUUAGGUUUUGUUUAAGGUGAUUACUCAAUUGCAUUUCUACUAUUUAUUUUCUCGAGUUAUCAUCAUCAUCAUUGAUAGAUUACAAUUUAAUCCACAUAUUUUUUGAUAUGUGAAGAAAUUCUCUUGGUGGGGCGGGUAUGGGUAUGGGGCGGGGGAGGCUAAAACCAUACCCGCCCCAUACCCAUCAAACUUUUUGCGGGUUUUACCCAUACCCGCCCCAUACCCGGUCAAAGCGGGGAUUCCCCGCGUUGACUGGGUCGGGGGCGGUCGGGUACCCGCGGCCAUGGGUUUGAUUGCCAUCCCUAUAUAUCACCCUUACCGUAAAAAAGUAUUUCCUUCGAAGCCCAAAACCGCAUGCUUUGGGGAAAGCUGAAGAAACCUAAUUCCUGACAAUUGAAGAAAGUUUGAAGGAGAUCGUCGUCAAAAAUCCUUGUAAGUCGUUGCCUUGCUCUUUGAUAAGUUGGUUUAAGUUGUCUCCACCGUUUCUUGCUUCGGAGCAAAUCCUUGAUAGAAACCCUUUGCUGUUUCAGCCUUGAGGCAAUUAAGCAAAGCUUAGAAAACCUAGUUCCGCCAAUUGGACAAAAUUCGAAGGAAAUCAUCUGCAGAAAUCUUCAUUAGCAGCUGUUCGUUGGAUCUCGAUUAUUUUCUUCGUGUCGCUGUUAUUGGCGGCAGAUCGGAACUGGCUUCAUAGAGGCUGCGAAACCUUCUGCAUGUCUGUUUGUCCCCUGAUAGACUCUCAAUUUGUUGGUUUCUCUUUCCUGAAUUUGCAGAGCAUGACAAAGAAAAGAAACAAGGUUGUGCGGCGGAAGGAGCUGCUACGACUGACCACUGGGAUAAGUAGUUCCUCAUCGACUAAACCCAUAUCUGCCAUCUCAGAGCCCUCUUCCACGGUACUUUGCAAUGUCACUGCCGCAGUUGAGCCGAAGAAGGAGCUGCCGCCCCAGAACACAACCUCUGAGCCCUCCUUCACAUCCCCUAACUCUGUCUCUUCACAUGAUAGGGCGGCAUCAGAGAAGGCCUUUUUGGACUCCAUUGUACUUCCUGAUCCAUUUCGACCGGAACCCACCGAAAAUGAUGUAGUCAACAACUCCCCAUGGCUGGCAGCAAUGUGUCCGAACCUGUUUGCUAAGUAUAACAAGGGGUCUGAGAAGACACUGACUCAAGCGUUUCUUGAUAUGUUGAAGGCUGAAAUUGCACGACACCCUCCUCUUCCUCCCGAUUAUGAUUCUGAUGCUGAAUGGGAUAGUUAUGGAGGAGGAUGCCGUGACGAAAGUCAUUUGGCAAAUGAAGAGUUUGAUUGGGACUCGUUUCGGUCAACCAUUGUUCAUCCCCCACCCAAGAAAUGAGAAGAGGUAAAUUAGGGGGCACAUUCUGUCCCAGAAAGAGUUGUAUGAUUUGCUCUAUGGCCAUGCUACGUGCUCCGCCACAUGGAUUUAAAAGAAACAAUAGGGUCAUGAGUGAUAGAUAGGAUAUUGAGAUUGCAUGCUACAUUUUGUAUUUUUUAUUGGCGGAGAGCAUUUCCAGCCCUUCUGUUUCUCACAUACGUACAUAGGUUCUCCAGAAGUGUCUUAAAUCAUGCUUUCAGCAAACCUAUAGGGAAACGAGUGUGUCUUAUCAUCAGUGGGGGGUUUUGAAACUUAGAUUGUUUCAAGUUCUCUUCCCGCAGCUGUAUUUUAUCAAUGUUUCUUAUUUUAUUUGCAAGGUAGAUCUAUUCUUCAUAGUAUGCGCACACACACGGUUGGUCAUGCUAUUUUCUUACAUGGCUCUCCUCCAUUUGCUCUUUGUGCUUUGCUUGCCGGAAUAAUUUCUCAUUGAUAACUUCUUCAUCAACAUCAGCUUCUUAUUAUAAGUUUAGAACUUCUAGCUAUUUCAUGUGUGUAUGCUGCGCAUUAUGCUAAGGUUUCUUGUCCCGCCUCCUUUUUAGUAAGAUUUGCAUCAUCAGGAGUACAAAGAUAAACAUUUCAGGUGUUUGUAUGGUUGCUGUACUCCUCUGGACAUUCUCACAAGGUUUCUCGUUUGGUUUUUGGCCGGAGUUGAUCUCAAAUAGUUUUAUGCUUUUCAUUUUGCAGGUGCAGUGGAUGGGCAGUCCUGAGUUGUUGUCAAUUAAGGCGUCAUUAAGGUCGUUAUGAGUUUGAAGCCUGUAGUGUAUAGUGUCAUUGUUGCAGAGAAACGAUUAUAUUUUCAUACUUCUAACUUAAAUAGUUUGAUACAAUCAAUACUCACGACUACAUUGCGGGGAGUGUUUUAGUUGUAUCUAGCAGUUUUAGAAGUAGUAUAUAUAUACGUGCUUUUCUGUUUUUGGGUAUAUAAUAUUUAUAUACACUAAUCACGUGAGAAAUUCAUAUGCUUCAAAUAAACCAUUAGUUGGGAC